UUUCGACACAAGAACACUUCAACAGGAAUCAAGCAAACAAGAUGUCUGUCGAACGAGAGAAAGACAAAUCGAAGGUCCAUAAGCUACAGCUGAAAGGAUCAUCCAGACUCGUCGCAGAAUUCUUCAAUUACUCCAUAAACACCAUCCUAUUCCAACGAGGUGUCUACCCCGCCGAAGACUUCACCGCCGUGAAGAAAUAUGGCCUCACGAUGCUCAUCUCCUCCGACGACCAAGUCAAAGCCUACAUCAAGAAAAUCAUGUCCCAGCUCGACAAAUGGAUGAUCGGCGGCAAGAUUUCGAAGCUCGUCGUCGUGAUCACGAGCAAGGAUACAGGAGAACAUGUUGAGAGGUGGCAGUUUGACGUGCAGAUCUUUAAUAAGGGAGGCAAGAAGGGGAGCUCGAAACGGAGCGCUGAUAAAGAGAACGCUGCGCCUGAGGAUGCCGCGCCGACGCCGGAGAAGACCGAUGCUGAGAUUCAAUCUGAGAUCCAGUCUAUCUUUCGACAAAUUACGGCUUCGGUUACGUUCCUUCCGCAAUUAGAAGGCGAUUGUACGUUCAAUGUCCUGGUCUACGCGGAUGCAGACUCGGACGUGCCGAUGGAGUGGUGCGACAGUGAUGCGAAGGAGAUCAAGAAUGGAGAGAAGGUCCAAUUGAGGAGUUUUAGUACUACGAAUCACAAGGUUGAUACACUGGUUAGCUACAGGGUGGUUUCGUAGGAUGUCAUAACAGGACUGGUUAGUGGGAAGGACUGGAGUUUGGGGUGGAUUCUUGUUUAUGUAUCUGAAGUUUGUGUCAAUACUGGAACGGCUUACAAAUAGGAGGGCGUUAUUGUAUAAGUUGAGCUUGACAAGAGCGGAUCAAUUGUUUCCAACAAGCUGCUGGUAUCAUAUACAUACUAUUCUUAUCCACAAGUACCGAAACGC